AUGGAGAACGAUGGGCUAGCUGUUCUCAAUGCUCUUGACACCGCAAGAACACAAUGGUACCACGCUAAGGCCAUUAUUAUAGCCGGCAUGGGAUUCUUCACCGACGCAUACGAUCUCUUUUGCAUCUCCGCCGUGUCAAAUCUAUUGGGUCGUCUUUACUACUACGAUCCAUCAACAAAAGGACUCGGGAAGCUCCCUCAUGCAGUUAACAACGCAGUUGUAGGAGUUGCUCUUGUCGGAACCUUAGCCGGACAAUUAGUGUUCGGUUGGUUAGGCGACAAGCUUGGUCGUAAAAAGGUUUAUGGCUUCACUCUUAUUCUCAUGUCCAUUUGCACUAUCUGUUCGGGCCUAUCGUUCGGGUCGGGUGCCAAAAACGUGAUGACAACGCUUUGUUUCUUUAGAUUUUGGUUAGGGUUUGGUAUUGGAGGCGAUUAUCCACUAUCCGCCACUAUCAUGGCUGAAUACGCUAAUAAGAAGACACGUGGCGCUUUUAUAGCCGCUGUGUUUGCCAUGCAAGGUGUUGGGAUUAUUUUUGCAGCUUUGGUUUCGAUGAUUCUUGCCAAAAUCUUUCUCAUCUACUAUCCGGCUCCAGUGUUUAAAGAUGACCCGACCCGUUCUACGCAACCUGAAGCGGACUCUUUGUGGCGGAUUGUGCUGAUGGUUGGUGCUUUGCCUGCAAUUUUAACUUACUAUUGGCGGACCAAGAUGCCGGAAACGGGUCGUUACACUGCACUUAUUCAAGGGAAUUCAAAACAAGCGGCUUUGGAUAUGGGUCGGGUACUUGACAUCGAGAUCCACGAAGAACAAGACAAGUUACGACAAUAUAGAGCUGCCAAUGACUAUCCAUUGCUUUCAUAUGAGUUCUAUCAGAGACAUGGUCUUCAUUUGAUAGGUUGUAUGAGCACGUGGUUCCUGUUGGACAUAGCCUUUUACAGUCAGAAUUUAACACAAAAGGACAUAUUUCCAUCGAUGGGUUUAACAAGCCAAGCCAUUGAUCUCAACGCAAUCAACGAAGUCUACGAGACUUCAAAAGCUAUGCUCAUCGUUGCUUUGCUUGGAACCUUCCCCGGCUAUUGGUUCACCGUCUAUUUCAUCGAAAAGAUCGGACGGUUCAAAAUCCAAGUAGUUGGAUUCUUUUGGAUGUCAAUAUUCAUGUUAAUUAUCGGCAUCAAAUACGACUACCUCAAAGAAGACAACAAAGCACUCUUCGCUCUUCUCUACGGCCUCACCUUCUUCUUCGCCAACUUCGGACCAAACAGUACAACCUUUGUCCUUCCGGCAGAGUUGUUCCCGACACGUCUGAGGUCCACGUGUCAUGCGCUUAGUGCGGCAUCCGGUAAGGCUGGAGCGAUCAUUGGAGCGUUUGUGGUGCAGACGUACGCGUUGGAUGGUGACGUAAAGAAGAUUAAGCGCGCGAUGAUGGUGUUAGCUUUUACUAACAUGCUUGGAGUUUGCUUUACGUUCUUUGUUACGGAGACUAAAGGGAGGUCUUUGGAGGAGAUAUCGGGAGAAGACGGAAAGACCAGUGAACUUUCUAGCACUAGAGUGCUAUCUUCAUGCAUGUUCAAGUAGGUACUAGUGAACGGUAUCAGGGAAGAGGUAUUCUCAAACUUCAUUGACUGAUGUUGGUUGCGAUCGAACUAGGAUGGUGGUGGCCUGGUGGGUGCUAUUUUAUUGACUGUGAUUUAUGUCAAAGAUUGGAAAGGUGGAAUGCCUUAGGUGUCAUCAUCAUCGUCCUCCGAGCCUUAUCCCAAACUAUGUGUGGUGAUUUAAUUAAAAAAUAAGAUUGAUUGAUGACGCACUUAGGUUGUGCAACCUAAAAACAAAAUUAUUGCAAUUUAGUUACUUGUAUAGGUUGCAUGAACUUUCACUAUUACGGGACGGUUUGAAAUUCAGAAAUUCAAAAUACAAAGCCAAUUGUCAAUGAUAGGUGAGGGAUGUGCUGAAGAGCUUUCCUCUUUCUACUGUCUCUGCAAACCAGCUUCUAGGUUUUAAACUCAUUUAAAACAGAGUUGUUCAAAGCCAUCUAAUCCACUUAUGAGACUAUAGGAAAAUAACAUUGGACAGUUACGUUUAUGUUGUAGGAAUCAUACUGGAUAUUGCAUGAUCAACUCAUGCUUUAAAACUAAUUUGAAUAUGUGUUUAGGGCUUUGAUACUAAUUUCACUGGAUUUUCAUGAUCGCUAAUUGACUAUUUGGUUGAACUUGAGAAGUUUAGGUACUGGGAGACAAAUGGCACGAGAGACGUUGUCGUUGUUAUCAAAGCCUUUGUCUCAAACAAUUUGGGUUCGACUACCUGAAUCCAUUACAUUUUUUUAUAGGCAGUGGACUGGGGGGAAUUAAACCAUUUACCUCUUGGUUAUGGAGAUGAGAUGGCAACCACUUGAGGUAGUGGUGGUUACUGGUUAUCAUGAAUCCAUAACAUUGAUUCUCUUUCACCAGCCAUUUCGUUGUAGACCACUCUACAUUAAUUCUAUAGAGCCCAUAUCCUUUUUACUUCCUAUAUUUUUCGGUCUAGCUCAUUUGCUGAUAGGUUUUAGAAUCGUAGGACCUUAUGAUUCUUAUGUGAUGUCUAGAUUCUGAUGGUGGACCUGUGCUUCCCAUUGUAUAAAUAUCGGUUCCUUUAGUAAAGUCACUUGAAAAAAAAAGAGUUUCUGUGGCAGCAUUUUGCUCUGUUGUUGAUGCAACUUUUUGGUUUGGGCUUCUGUUUCAUUUUAUGACAAUAUCAAGCUGGAACUUUUAUUGUAAUUUCUCCUAUG